ACCGGCGCCUUCGUCGCCCGGUGAGGGACGCGAGGGCUGCCGGGAAGAUGGCGGGCGUGGGCCUGUCGGCGGCCGCCGUGGGCUGGGUGCCGUGUCGGAGCUGGGGCCGGGUCUUCGCGUCUCUCGUCCCCCACGGUAAUGUGGGCACGCUCCUGGCUCGGAAGCCCCAGCGGGCGCCGCCUCGGCUGCCAGCUUGCAGGAAAAUGGCAUCACUCUCUUUCCUUAAUCGACCCGACCUUCCAAACCUGGCAUAUAAGAGUUUAAAAGGCAAAACACCGGGAAUUAUCUUCAUCCCUGGUUAUCUUUCUACUAUGAAUGGUACAAAAGCAUUGGCCAUUGAGGAAUUUUGCAAAUCUGUAGGUCACGCCUAUAUAAGGUUUGACUAUUCAGGAGUUGGAAAUUCAGAUGGUAACUUAAAAGACUGCACUGUGGGGAAAUGGAGAAAAGAUGUGCUUUCUAUACUUGAUGAUAUAGCCAAAGGACCACAGAUUCUAAUUGGUUCUAGUCUUGGUGGAUGGCUUAUGCUUCAUGCUGCAGUUGCACGGCCAGAAAAGGUUGUGGCUCUUAUUGGGGUAGCUACAGCUACAGAUGCUCUAGUGACCCAGUUCCGUCAGCUUCCUGUUGAGGUACAAAAGGAAGUUGAGAUGAAAGGUGUUUGGUCCAUGCCAUCAAAAUACACUGAAGAAGGAUAUCAUCACAUUCAGUACAGUUUCAUUAAGGAAGCAGAGCACCACUGCUUGUUACACAGCCCUAUUCCCGUGCACUGUCCUGUAAGAUUGCUCCAUGGCAUGAUGGAUGACGUAAUCCCUUGGCAUACGUCCAUGCAGGUUGCUGACCGACUACUUAGCACAGAUGUCGAUGUCAUCCUCAGGAAACACAGUGAUCAUGAAAUGAAGGAAAAGGCAGACAUUCAACUUCUUGUGUACACGAUUGACGAUUUAAUUGAGAAGCUCUCAUCCAUGCCACAAUAGAAGCCCAUUUUCGGUUGGUGUUUAAUGUGUCCAGAAGAGAGGGCUAACAAGGACCCUCACAAGGCUUUUUCCUCUCACUUCUAUUUUGUAAAUAUAAGUAUUUAUUUAAUGAUGUCUCUGCACAGGAAAUACAAAUGAAAUGACAGUACCUGCUACUGUGGCUGCUGUUGGGAAAAUUUUCUCCUGCAAUUUUUGAUAUUUUUUUUUUCCAUUAAAACAUUUCCUUUUUUUAAAACACAGGACAUGUUUAUCUUAUUCAUAUGUUAACUUUUGUCAUCCUUUGUGUUCUCUCCUCUUUAGAAUUACAAUAAAGCUUUAAUAUUUUC